GCAGCUUCUACCACAGAGAGUUUAAGAUGUGGGUGUAGUAACAGUUAUAAAACCCGGGAAGGCUGCGACACGUCCAAGCUUUCAAAUACAAGUUACGCGGUAAAUACUCAAAUGGAAUAAGUAUGAAGCUUCCGGGCAUCCGUAGUCCAGAGUCCGUGGACCAGGCGCCGGAAGUGACUAUGAGGGCAGCUUCCCUUCCGGGUGGACGAAGGCUCGCAGGUCACAGGUCGCCGGUACCCAGUCGGUCGCCAGCCGCCCGGGAACAUGGAGGCCGCGCGAUCGGUGGGGCCGUUCGUGGUGGUGGGAGGCGGCAUCGCCGGCGUCACAUGUGCCGAGCAGCUGGCUGUUACCUUUCCUGAAGAAGACAUUCUCCUGGUAACAGCCUCUCCUGUUAUCAAAGCAGUUACAAACUUCAAGCAGGUCUCUAAAGUAUUGGAAGAAUUUGAUGUUGAAGAACAGCCAAGUACCGUGUUGGAAAAUCGCUUUCCCAACAUUAAGGUCAUAGAGUCGGGAGUAAGACAGCUGAAGAGUGAAGAACAUUGUAUCGUCACAGAAGACGGCCGUCAGCAUGUGUAUAAGAAACUCUGUCUGUGUGCUGGAGCUAAACCAAAGUUGAUCUGUGAGGGAAAUCCAUACGUGUUAGGAAUCCGUGAUACCGACAGUGCUCAGGAAUUUCAGAAACAGCUUAGAAAAGCCAAGAGGAUAAUGAUUGUCGGGAACGGUGGCAUUGCGCUUGAGCUGGUGUAUGAAAUUGAAGGCUGUGAAGUGAUUUGGGCCAUAAAGGAUAAAGCCAUUGGGAAUACUUUCUUUGACGCAGGUGCAGCAGAGUUUUUGAUUUCAAAGCUCAUGUCUGAAAAAUCAGAGGCUAAAAUUGCUCAUAGAAGAACCAUAUACACCGUUGAAGGAAUGAGAAAGGAAAACAGAACCAAAGCUAAAGUUGAAAAUGUGGGCAGUGCCCUCGGACCAGACUGGCACGGAGGCUUGGAUCUGAAAGGAACAGAAGAGUUUUCACACAGUAUUCACAUUGAAACCAAAUGUGAAGUCAAGAAAAUCUACCUUCAAGAGGAGUUUACGAUUAUGAAGAAAAAGCCCUUGACUUUUCCAAAGGAUCAGCAUAAGUCAGUUACAGUUGAUAAAGUGUGGCCUGUGUAUGUGGAACUAACCAAUGGGAAGAUCUACGGCUGUGAUUUCCUUGUCAGUGCUACGGGAGUCACGCCAAAUGUACACCCUUUCCUCCACGGAAACAAUUUUGAUCUAGGAGAAGAUGGUGGCCUGAAAGUGGAUGACCAGAUGCGCACGUCACUUCCUGACAUCUAUGCUGCUGGAGACAUCUGUACUGCAUGCUGGCAGCCGAGCCCAGUCUGGCAGCAGAUGAGACUAUGGACCCAGGCACGGCAGAUGGGCUGGUAUGCAGCCAAGUGCAUGGCUGCAGCUGGUUUGGGACAGUCUAGCGACAUGGAUUUCAGCUUUGAACUGUUUGCUCAUGUCACAAAAUUCUUUAACUAUAAGGUUGUGCUGCUGGGAAAAUACAAUGCACAAGGCCUAGGCUCAGAUCACGAGUUAAUGCUGAGGUGCACCAGAGGACAAGAGUAUGUCAAAGUCGUCAUGCAGAAUGGACGCAUGAUGGGAGCUGUCUUAAUUGGUGAAACUGAUUUAGAGGAAACAUUUGAAAAUUUAAUUUUAAACCAGAUGGACCUUUCAUCAUACGGAGAGGAUCUCCUAGAUCCAGAUAUCGACAUAGAGGAUUAUUUUGACUGACAUUAGAAUUUCUUCAGGAAUAGUAAGUUCAAAAUAAGGAAAAAAGAAACAAAUUGGAAAAACUAACGCCUGCACCAAGUGAAUGGCCCCACAAAUCAAGAAUGCAGAAGCUAGAUUCCUGGUUGGAAGGAGUCAUGAACUUUCACAGUGAACUCAGUUUAAUGACUAAUUAGCAGGUGAACAUUCCUGAUACAGAAUUGACAAUAAACCUUGAUUCACACAAAU